AUCCAAUGAGCGCGGGCGGGAGGGAGGCAGCCUGCCCCGCUCCCUCCCCUCCCCUCCGUCCCUCCGCCCCCGCCGCGGCCACCCCCACCGCCAGCCCGGGGAGCCCGAAGGAAGACACCGGCCGCGGCCAGGGCUCGACCACCUUGGCCCGGGCCUGAGGACGAGGCCGGGGGAAUCGAUCGCCCCGACCACGACCCUUGCACGACGCCCGAUGUCCACAAGAUGGAGGCAGCGGGGGCGAGGGCGGCGUGAAGGAGGCGGCGGUGUCCGGGACCGGGCCGGAGCAGGUGCCUGGGCGGCGGCGGGAUGGAGCUGCUCGUGAUCAUCGCGGUGUCGGCCCUCGUCGGCUCCUUCCUCACGCUCCUAGCCCAGUUCCUGCUGCUCUAUCAAAGGGGUCCCGAGCAGCUGUACCGGCCGUCCGCCGCCGACUGGGGGAUCGACUACGUCACCCCGGUGCCGGGCCUUCUCCUCCGCGACUACCUCUAUGGCGGCAGCUCGGGCCGGUCGUCGAAGCCCCCUGAGGGCAGCAGCGGCGCCGGGAGCGGGAGCGGGAGCAGCGGCGGCGGCCCUGGCCCGAACUCGGUGGAGCCGCGCUCCGUGGAGACCUGCUACUUCCUCAACGCGAUCAUCCUGUUCCUGUUCCGGGAGCUGCGGGACACGGCCGUGGCCCGGCGCUGGAUCACCAAGAAGAUCAGGGUGGAGUUCGAGGAGCUGCUGCAGAGCAAGACUGCCGGCCGGCUGCUGGAGGGCCUGGGCCUGCGGGAAGUGUCCCUGGGCCACUCCAUGCCCUACAUCAAGACGAUCCGCCUCCUGCAGCCGGUCGUGCCCUCGUUCGCGAGCGAAGCCGAGGUCAUCGACGGCGCGGACGAGCUCCCGACCGCCAGCCCCGAGGAGCUCAUCUUCGAGCUGGAUGUGGAGUACAACGGGGGCUUCCACCUGGCCAUAGACGUGGACCUGGUCUUCGGCAAGUCCGCCUACCUCUUUGUCAAGCUGUCCCACAUGGUGGGGAAGAUGCGGCUCGUCUUCACCCGUUUGCCCUUCACCCACUGGGCCUUCACGUUCGUGGAGGAGCCGGUGAUGGACCUAGAGGUGCGCUCCCAGUUCGAGGGGCACCCCAUGCCGCAGCUCACCUUCCUCAUCGUUAACCAGCUCAAGAAGGUCCUCAGGCGCAAGCACACCUUACCCAACUACAAGAUCAGAUUCAAGCCGUUUUUCCCAUUUCAAGUCGCACAAACCACAAAGGAGGAAAAUGAACAUCAUUUAUACAUACAACAAUUUGGACUUACAGAAGGCCGCCUUAAAAUUACCCUACUAGAAUGUAGCAGGUUACUGAUUUUGGGGUCCUAUGAAAGGGAAACAAAUAUUCAUUGCACGCUUGAGUUGAGCAGUGGUGUUUGGGAAGAGAAACAAAGGAGUUCUAUUAAGACGAGGUCUUCCCCUGAGCCUGUGACAAAUUAUGGAAAACGCAGCUGGGCUGAGUUAGUAAAAGGAAACUUACAAAGUGUUGGACUUACGCUUCGUCUGGUUCAGUCAUCUGAUGGCUAUGGUGGACAUGUCGUCAUUGAGACUGUGGCGCCAAAUUCCCCUGCUUCACUUGCAGAUCUUCAGCGGGGAGACAGACUUAUAGCCAUUGGAGGAGUUAAAAUCACAUCUACAAUCCAAGUGUUAAAGCUCAUCAAGCAAGCCGGUGACAGAGUAAUGGUAUAUUACGAAAGGCCUGUUGGUCAGAGUAACCAAGGACCAGUGCCGCAGGAUAGUUUUACACCACUGGAAGAUCAGAACUUUCUGACAAAUUCAUGUCAGCCGAAUUAUGAAGAUGACUUAUCUAGCCUGGUAGUGGAUGUGGAUAACAAAGACAUAGAUUUAGAAUUUGAAGAUUUGGCAUGUGAUAUCAGGAUACAAAAUGAGCCCAAAGAUGAGGUGCCAUCAGCAAGUCAGAGUCCCAAACGCAGUACAACGCAAAUCCUUAAGCCUUACGGAUCUGUCUCACCAAUCUUAAACCGUAAAUCAUCCAGUUACAUGCUACCACAAAGUUCUCUACUCAAAGAUGCACCCAAAUUAGGAAGACCUAGGGUCUCUGAAAGUUCAGACCCAGCACAACAAUCAACAAGAGCAUCACAAACAUCUCUUAAGCCUUCUGUGUCACCAAGGCCACAAACGAAAUCUGUUCCACCAUCUACUGAUACUCAGAGCCAGGCAGAAUCAGAUACACCUGUUGAAAAAACAGAGAAACCACCUUCUCUUGCACAGUUAGAAAAAAUACCAGAAAAGUUAACAAUAAAUACUAAUCUUACAGAAGACACAUCCAUGUCAAAGCCAUCCGUGGUAAAGCAGGAACUGGUAAAAGAGCCAGUUUCAGAAAGUGCUAAUAAGGACAGCGCAGAUGACCAAACGUGGGAAUCAGAGGAAAUUCCUUAUCACCAUAAAGUAGGUAAAUGGACAAGAAAGAAAGGAACUUGUAUAUUUGACAUAGAAGGCUGCCAUAAGUACCUGAAUGUUGCAUUGUGGUGCAGAGAUCCUUUCAAGGUGGGUGGUCUCAUCUGCUUAGGACAUGUUAGUAUAAAACUGGAAGAGAUUGCGUUAGGGUGUUUAGCUACUUCAAACUUGGAUUAUCUUACGAAAUUCAGAUUGAAUCCUCCUAAACCUAAAGCUAUGGUUACUAGAACUGCAUUGCGAAGUCUGAGUAUGCAGAAGGGAUUCAAUGAAAAAUUUUGCUUUGGUGAUGUUGCUAUACAUUUCAAAUAUUUGAGAGAAGGAGAACAUGAACAAUAUAUGAAUCUUAUAGAGAAGGAAAAAGAAAGCAAUUUGAUAGAGGAUGUUCCUGACCUUAAUAAAGAUGAGUAUCUUGUUGGACAGAUGAAUUAUGCAGAAAAUAAACAUUGUUUCCAAGACACUCAAUUCCAGAAUCCAACAUGGUGUGACUACUGUAAGAAGAAAGUUUGGACUAAAGCAGCUUCCCAGUGCAUAUUCUGUGCUUAUGUUUGCCACAAAAAAUGUCAAGAAAAAUGCUUUGCUGAAACUCCACUUUGUGCAGGACCUGAGAAGCGAGUGGACCGAAUCUUGAAAACCUUUAGGCUAGAAGGACAAGAAAAUAUGUUAGGAAUGUCUUCUAAUAAAUCAGUCGGUAAAAGUACAGGUAUAACAAGGCAUUUAUGGAACACUAGCUCUCGUAUCCUAAGCUUGCGUCAAAGCGUUAGAAGAAGCCAAGCUGAACACAUUGCUGACUUGGCAGAACCCUCACCCAAGCCAACACCAAACACUUCUGACAAUGAAGGCAGUGACACAGAGAUUGGUGGUCCAAAUAGUCCUUCCAAGCGGGUAAACAGCGCAGGAAUCAAAUUGGCAAGGAAAGAAGGCGGCCUAGAUGACAGUGUCUUCAUUGCAGUUAAAGAAAUUGGUCGUGACCUUUAUAGGGGUUUGCCUAAUGAUGAAAGGUUCCAGAAGCUAGAAUUCAUGUUAGAUAAACUGCAGAAUGAAAUUGACCAGGAGCUGGAACACAACAAUUCACUUGCUAGAGAAGAGAAAGAGGCGACCGAUUCAAAGAAAAAAGCGCUCCUUUCGACGGCCUUGACUAAAUCAGGUGAAAGACUGCAAGCUCUAACACUUCUUAUGAUACACUACAGAGCAGGUAUUGAAGAUCUAGAACUAGAAACUCUGUCUUUAUAUCAAACCAAAAAAGUGGCUACAGAAGAUGCCGAAGAAGACCUCGAUAAUGAAAUAUGCGAACUAAUGGAGGCACAGCCUUUUACCAGCAUAUCAGAUGAAUUAUUUGACACUUCUGACCCUCUGUAGUACACUGUUUGCCUAUUUAACCUUCUAAACAAUUGUGGGAAAAAAAUUACACUUACUAAAAUACAUCAGAUACACCCCCAUUUAAACACUCAUAUAAUAUGUGUGGCCUGCUUCUCCACUUUUAUUUGCCUAUCUUAACAGCAAAAAAAAAAAAUGAUAGUUGGUUUUGUUUUUUUUCCAGCAAAAAGUAUGACCAUUUAACUUGGCUAAAUUGGUUGAUUUGGAUUGUAUUAUAAUGUGUUUUGGGGUUAAUACUGGGAAUUUAUUUUUGCUAAUUUAUUUCUAACUUUUUCUAUUAUGGAAACUAAACUAAAAUUUAAUGUUGAUAUUGUUUUCCUUUUUGUUUCUGAAUUACUGUUAAAUAGUCAGAAUUCUUAAAAUGUUUCAAUUUACAUCAUGGUGAUAGUUAUGAACUUGCUGCAUGCCCAAACUGAUAACACAGCAAUCAUUGAGGGAACAGGUUUUGAAAUUUUUGAUCAUGUUGUAUUUCUUUUUGUCUCAAAUUGGUUGUAGAAUGUUUUCUUGGCAGGGGGGUGGGUGUGGUAAGGGAACAAUGGGGGAUAGAUGUUGGAGGUGGAUUUGGAAUGGGUUUAUUUUUUCUUUUUGCAGGGGGAUGGCGGGAGGGUUAGCCAAACAUUACAUGAAAGCAAACACUGUGGCUUUUAUUUUGUCUAUGAUGAUUUAGUAAAGAUAUUAUUAUAUAUGAUGUUGCUUGCUUUUCUAUGCUUUUGUUUUUUAAAAAAAUGUUCUUUUCAAAAGUUGUACAAUUGAAUUAUGGUGAUGCUAAGACCCAAUUCAGUGCUUCCUUUGAAGAGCUUGCACUGUUGAAAUGCAGAAAGUAAUAGGUACAAUUUGAUGCAUUUGGUCGAGAAUUCCUAGCCAGUCACUAAUAUUUUUUUGCCUGUCAAUUUAAGAAUUUUAAAAUUAUGAAAAAUAUAACCAAUAGAUCGUUGAUAUUUAACCUUCCAAAAUAUUGAUGCUUUACCUUUUAUAGAUCGGUGUAUCUGCUAAAAAGCAUUUAAAGUUCUAAACAUUUAGAACCUUAAAAAUCUUUAUCCUGCAGAAAAUAAAAUGUGUAAUACGAUGUCAAGUUUCAGAAGAUUGUAAAGCAGUUGGGUUGGUAAUUGUGUUUUGUUUUAGAAACAAGUUUGUAUUUAUACUGAAGAAAGCUUUAGGAAAGAGGAUGUACAAAAACAUGUUUGAUUCCUUGCUUGUCUCCCAUAUCACAAAAUUGCAUUUAGACCAAUAGAAUGGGUCUUCUCAUUCAGAAUGCUUUUAUAUAAUAUAGAUAAAUAGAAUUGGGGCUGCUUCUCUGAAAAAGAAAUGAUGAGAUGACUCUGGAUUCAGAUUAUCCAUCCCUUACUACCAUGUAAUUAAUGGGAGAUGUAUAUGUAUUCUCAUUCAUUCUCUCUCCCCGCCCCCCGCUGUCUUAAAAUAUUUUGAAUGUUUUAUCUUUUUGCAUACAUAGAAAUCAUAUAUGCAUAUUUUCUUCCCUGUGGGUAGGUACUUUACAAGAGAAUUGGUUUUUAGAACGAAUGGAAAUUAAACUAGUCAACUAUAAAACAAGUUAAUAAUUUACAAAUAGUUUAUGUAUGAUAGCUUUUAAGGCUGGAAGAAACUGGAAUGAUCCAAUGGAAAAGGCACUAACCCAAGAGUCGAAACCCGAGUUUUAGUCCAAGCAUUUCAACCAAUAAGCUCUACGACCUUAGGCAAGUCACAUAACCUCUCUGUGCCUCAGUUUCCCCAUCUGUAAAAUGGGUUUAUAAUACCUACCCUAUCUACCUCACAGGAUUGUUGUGAGGAAAACAUUGUGUAUGGGAGAAUAUUUAACAGUAAAGUACACAAAUGCAAGAUGGUUAUUGUUGUUAGCCUAAUAAGGCAGUUAUCCAGGAGAAAGGGAAAAGGGGAAACACAAAUCUACAGACUGCUACUUUACUCUCACAAUGAGCAAUUGCUCUCAUUCAUGAGACUUUUAAUAAUUGCAAGGUGUUUAGGACAUGAAAUUCUUUGUUAGCCAAGUGUGUGGAAAAAUAUUCCAAUUUUUUAAAAGGCCUGUUCUGUAAUUAAAAAGGUACAUAUACUGUUGCAGACACAAAUUUCCUUAAAAGUUCACAUAUACUAUAAAUUACUCAGUAAUUCAAAUUCAAAAUAAAAUUCUGUCCUACACUGUUACUAAAUCUUGGCUCCUAAAAAUAGCUUACCAUCAAUGACCAACAGGGCUGUGGGUCUUUUUGGUGACUAUGAUUAUGGUAAUACCAUGGUAGUUUUAAUUGACAUCCAAGAAUUCCAUCAGAUCUCUGCCUGGUUUAAGGGAACUGUAGAAAUAACAGAAAACUUUGGGUUCCUGAAAAUCCAUGCAAGUUUUGAAAGUAUGUAACCAUGUAGAAGAAUGACUCUGGAAAGUCUAGAUAAAACCUUAUUUAUAUAAUGCUGCUAAUGAUAUAUGUAAAAUAUAGAUUUAAUGUAGUGCAAUGUUUUUUAUAUACACUAGGAGAAGGGGACUGCUGUUCUAUAUUCAAGAAAAGGGUAAAGCAACAAUCCAGUUAACCUAAGUUAUAUGACAUGAGGUUCCAGAGGGAGAAAUUAUAAUACAUUACAUUACUGAUGUGUAAUCUUUGCUGCCGUGCUAUGUUAUCAAUAGCUAAAAAAAUAAUAAUAAAGACUACCACAGAAAACAAGAAUAUUUUUAUUUUUGUGACAUCUAGAGAGUUGGUAGGUGUUACAUAUUUCAGAGAUUGCUUCCUACUAGAAUUUUGUCAUGAAAACAAACAUUUAUAAAGUCUGAUUUCUUUAAAUAAAGCUAUCUUUUUAAGCCGCUUAAAA